UUAGCACGCAAUCGCAUCUAUCACAUCAGCAAAGAAACCUUCCUACCAGCGUUCAAAACGGCCUAUCAUAAGGCUAUUACACCAGAGAAUAUCCGCGGAGGGUUUCGAGGUGCUGGGCUUACUCCACACGAUUAUCACGUUGUUUUAUUACAGCUUGACGUCGUGCUGCGUACG